AUGUCCACUCUGCGCCUGGACAUGGGUGCCAAGACAUCUGAAUCUGCUCAGAGGUUCUUGCUGAGGUGGAACACAAGCGCCGAGAAAGCUGGAGGUGAGAGGACUUAUUUGGGGCCAAGCCCUGGGCCAGCCAACGUAUGGAGAACAUCAACUGUCCUCGUAACGCCGACCUUUUGCUGGGUACACAUGGACUACACUGCACGCUGCAUCUGGGCUUCCUUCACCAUCUGCACAGAUAUGGACCUUGCCCACUCGUCAGGGAGUCGUGAGUUGAAAGUUGAAAGGCGCGCGAGUGUAGCAUGGAUGGGGCGUAGAAGCAGGCACGUAGAGCCCACAGAGGUGCUUGCAGAUAGGCAGAUGGAGUUGCAUCACGAAGGAGUGGGGCAAUCAGCAUGA